AUGGGAGACAAGGCCAAGCUAUUUGAGCAGAAGAUCAAGGAGUCCUCGCCAGGCUACCGCGCACCCGAGCCUGGCGCCCCCGCUCCUUCGCGCAACGCUGACGGCACUCCAUCUGCUGGCGGCCUGAAGGCCAAGUUCGAGAAGCUGGCGAACCCGGACCCGCCGAAGGCGACGUCGGGCAAGGUCGGCUGGUCCGACGACAAGGACCAAGGCCGCAAGAAGGUCCACCAGCCCGGCUACGAUCCCACCAAGCCCCCGCCCCCGCGCUCCCUCGACUCCCUGCCCUGA